AUGAGUGCUGUCAAGAAAGUUGCCGUCAUUGCAACAAGCACCAGAACCCCACGCAUCGGUACCAAAGUUGCGGAAUUGGUCAAAGAUACGGUCACCAAAGAUGCUGUCGACAGCAGCAUCGAUCUAUCUCUUGUUGAAGUAGCCACCUUUAAGCUUCCAGUCUUCGACGAACAAAUCAUCCCUGCACAAGUCCCCGCCCUCGGCAACUUUGCCCACGAGCACAGCAAAGCCUGGAGCAGCGAAAUCGCCAAGUACGACGCAUACAUUCUUGUAAUUCCCGAGUACAACUCCGGACUUACAGGAGGCACCAAGAAUGCCAUCGACUACUUAUACAAUGAGUGGAUUGGCAAGCCGAUUGCCGUUGUCAGCUAUGGUAUUAUGGGCGGCCACUCGGCGUCGGCUCAGGCUCAGAAAACGCUCGAGGGCAUGAAGCUCCGCGUCGUGCCCACUCGCCCAGCACUCGCCUUUGUUGGCGGUGCCGGCCCAGACCUGAUGGCCGCCAUGGGUCACGGCGAAAUCGGUGAAGAAUCGCGAAAGCAAUGGGAGGCGCAGGCGAAGACAAUUUUGAAGGCGUUUGGGGAGUUGAAGGAUCUCCUCAAGGCGCCAAUUAUCCACAAGACCGGGAACUGA